CGAGCACCAGUUUAUUGCACGCCGCGCAAACGACAACAACUGGGCUUUCAUAUUCAAAAUUUGAAUUUUCGAACGCACGUUCGUAAGUUAAAGUUCAUGGUUCGGAAGGAGUGAAUAUUAUUGAAAAAAAAAAACAAUUAAAUAGUGUUGUGUUUUUAAAGUGUUUUGGUAUUAUUUAACGAACUUGCCGUAUCAGAGAUACGCAAAACACCCAAAAGAAAGUCCCAAAUGCCUGUUCGGAAUUACCACAUUAAUUAAUCAUCUGCAUAUUUAAAAUUGAAUGUAUUUAGGUAUCAAAAACAUGUACAACUAAGUGGAAGUGAUAUCCAGUGUUAAGUGACCCUUAUAAUAUUAAUACAAUAAGUAUGUGCAAGUGACAAGUGCGUUAUAAUGGAGGGAAGCACUCUCCCUCUGGAGGUCGAUGAGGAGGGCCGACCUCAGCAGGGGUCCACCAGUGGAUCUUCUUCGGGGACCGGCUACUAUGGACAUAAGAACGGCGAGUGGCGAGGCGAGCGCAGAAUGUUGGACAUCACUCGAGACAAGCCGGUCAAAGUGUGCGUACGAGUCGUCGUGCCGGUGCGCGAUCACCCUAAAUUCAACUUCGUGGGCAAGCUGCUGGGUCCAAAAGGCAACUCCCUGAAGAGAUUACAAGAGGACACCAUGUGCAAGAUGGCGGUGCUAGGCAGGGGGUCCAUGAAGGAUAGGCAGAAGGAAGAAGAGCUUCGUGUGUCAGGCGACCCGAAGUUCGCGCACCUCUCGGACGAGCUUCACGUCGAGAUCAGUGCGUUCGCGACCCCCGCCGAGGCGCAUGCGCGGAUCGCGUACGCGCUGGCCGAGCUACGGAGAUUUCUAGUUCCUGACUACAACGACGACAUCAGGCAGGAGCAGAUGUUGGAGAUGCAGAUCCUGUCAUCACAGAACGACCAGCGCCGCCUGACUCCCCCUGACUCCUCCAGGAGUGGCAGCGAAGAGGCACUGCCUCUGAGAGACACUGCUCAUAAACACAGGCUAUCAGGCAUGCAACCAUCGCCAGCGCAGGCACCGCUGCCAGGGCUGCCCAUGAACCACGCGAGCUCCCGCGACUUCUCCCCCCCUGCGCCCACGCCGGCCCCAGAUCACCUCUCCGCUGCUCAUCAUCAGGUAAAUAUGAUCGCAGCUGGCCACACGGGGGUACUGGUCGGUGGUGGAGUCCUACCGCAGCCGCCAACUCAUCACCUGCUCACACAGAACUCGAUAUUAGGUGGAGGGGACAUCCUGGGCCUCAGCAGCCCAGUACUAGGGGGGGUUCUUCAUGCCCACCCCGCGCUACGGGGGGUCAAACCUGCUGCCGUGCACGCCCUAGCAACGCAAGAGUUUAUAUGCGGCAGGUGCGGCUGGGGGGGCGGCUGCGAGCACAGCGCGCAAGCGACCCCUCCUGGGCGGCGCGCGGGCCGCCAUGUCGCCGACUAAACGCGCCGUGAUGACGCUGCUGGCCCGCGCGCGCGCCGCCACGCACAAACACGCGCCCGCAUGGCCCGCCCCGCAUGACGCGCUGUGAUGACGCUGCUGGCUCGCGCACGCACUACCACGCAAAAAUACGUUGCGCCAUGGCCCCGCAUGAGCACCCAGCUCUUCUACCUCUAAUAAGAGACGAGUUUGUGACGGGCGUUGGAGUCAAUAUCAACCUAGCAUAAUUUAUUACAGGGCUGAAUUAAGGAGAAGGCCCUAAAAUAAGGAGCGCAAAUUGGGGCGCCAAAUACCUAUCGAGAAAUUAUAAGGAAUUGAUAAGAAAUAAUAGCCCCAAAAUAUAUAUGACGACUGAACAUGAGCAUAUUUUAAAUUAUUAAAAUGUAUGGGUGCAGUUUUCCUACAUUUUUAACUUUCCAAAAAUAUUUUGACUACUGAAAUGGACUUUAAUAUCUGUGGUACGAGGUAUUUUUGAAAAGUUUGUAUUACUUUAGCUAAAGUAAUAUGUUAUUUUCGUACUUAUGUUAAUUGAAGGUCUCAACUUUGUUAGUUACUGGGGCGUGAUUCUCUAACUAUCACGUAACUUUUUUAACUUGUUUAUCCCCUUGGGGAAAGGCAAAGCCGUGCAACCAACGUAAUCAUAACGUUCGACGCUGUCAAAAUGACAGUUCAUUUUUGUCGAUUUAUCCCAUUUGGCAAAGGCAAAGCCAGCCAUACUUCUACAUACAAAAACAAGAUUCCUUUGUUUUUAGUAAGAUCUAUUUACAUUUUCAAAAAAGUUUUUAGUCAAUACUUUUUUAAAAUAUUUUAUAAUUAUUUAAGAGAAAAUGCCAGUACCAUUACACAGGCUAUAAGCUCAAAAAGAGGUCCCAACCGGUACUUUUUAUCUUCAUUUUUAGACAAACUUAGACAAUCACAUAGCUGUAACUUAUAAAGUUGAGAUCCCGUAUAAAUUAUCUAGUCAAAAUAAUAAAUUAUUAUAAUUUAUUUUCUAGUCAGUUGAAAUAAUAAAAUAAAUAAUUUUAAUACGAAAUACUUGUACCUGCUUAUAUGGGUUUUGAUAUCUAUUGUGACGUGUUGGAAUAUGAGAGUGUUAUUUGAUAGUAUUUCUAUUCAUUCAUGUGGUAACUUGAGCAACUAUUUUUAAUUAGUGAUUUCCAGGAUUUGUGUCCGGUUAUUGACAAUACACUCACCCCCUAUUACACGGGGCUUAAACAUAGCUGGCGAGGAGUGGGUACUGUACUUUAGGACUCUGUCGCACUAACAUAUUUGACAUUUAGUGAGACUUACAGUUCAAUUUGUCAAAAAAGUUAAUAUGACAUGGUACCAAAGUGUAUACAUAUUAAUGCUCGUGACCGUACUCUUCUGCCUACUCCUUCGGGGAUACAGGAGUCAUGCUAUGUUUUGUAUUUAUUAUUCGAUUACGGAAAAAUAAUUUACGAAACAACCGUAAUUAAAAAUACCUAAAAAAAAAGGUAAAAUAAUAUCUAGAUUUUAAAUCCAGAUUUACAUCAAUAAUUGUAUAUAUUUCAUAUAAAUUAUGUUUUUAAAUUUUAUUCCUACUUAUUUAUUAUUAGCUUUAGCCAAACUUUUUAAUAUACGUACAGCAAUGAACACAAUUAGAUGCGGAUAAAGAUAAUAUUUAGAACUUUCAAAGUUAUAUUAAUACGUCUCAUUGUGUUGAAUACUGUAAUAUUUAGAUAUUUAUAAUUAUGGACCAUUGAGUAUUAAAAGUAUCCUAUGCCUUUUAGGAGAAUGUAAUUUAGAUAAGAAUUAUAUGAAAAAUAUAUCAUCGUAGAGUUUUACGCCAAAUAUAAUAAUAUAUGCAGACGAUAGACAUGCUAUAUUUAUAAAAUAAUAUCUUGAUUAUUAACGUAUAUGGAAGUUCAUGAUCAAAAUUAGAAAAAGUACCGUUAAAUAUUUAGUUAAAACGGUUUUUUUAUAUCUAUUUCAAAAAUUAAAACCUAUUUUCAAAUAUUCAGUUUUAUUUUAACAUUAUAUAUAAGUACUAUGUAUUUGCUUAGUUUUUGAAAAUACAUGUUAUAUCAAAACUUUAAAAUACACAACUAUCGUUUACAUCUAAUAAAUAAUUCGUAUAAAAGCACAAAGCACAUUAAUUUGAAGUAAAUUCCGACACAAUAUUUUAAAUAAAUAAAUUGCACAGAACUUAAAAUUAAAAACGAAUAAAGCACAAUAAUUCAUUGGUUUAAUAAUUCAUACUUGCAAAAAUAAUUAUAAGUUAAGUAUAAAAUUUAAAUUAACGUAGUAAAUAAAUAUGCUUAAUAAAUAAAUAGCUUAAAUAAAUGAAAAUCUAGAUUAAAUAUAGCGCCAACAGAGUCGAACUAAGGGCUAAAUGGACCGCUAAAUAAUUAUAACGUCGUCGUAGAAAAGUAUUACGGGUAAAUAAAAUGGAAAUUUUAAAGGCGUUGUCUACAUUAAGUUAAAAACAAGUAAAAUUGUAAAUAAAUUAUUAAUUUUCCGAAAUAUUUGAAAAUGACCCCAUGUUUGAGCAAUUUACAACGAACUAUUUUAAAUAAGUGAUUUCUGGUUUAGUGUUUGCGAUGUUAGUCAUUUUCAGAUAUUUUAAACAGUUUUAAAAUAAGAUAUUAGUACUCAUAUUUAAUAAAUAUGCGUGUCAAAGAUAUAAUAAGUAAUAAAAUAACAGUAACUUUUAAAAUUUUAUAAAUGUAAAUAUGUGAUAAACCAAAUCAAAAUGGCGCUUCUUGUGGCAGGCGCUUAUUUCGUUUUUAAAUAAUUAUGUGUAGAAAUGGAAUGCCUAAAACAGGUCAAACGCCUGCCGCGGUAAGAGUCCUUCUGAUUUUGAUAAUCACAUAUAAAUGAAUUGCUUAAAACCUUGUCUGUGUUUUGUGAUAUUUAGGUAGUGAAAUUUGCGAUAUCCUCUUGCCGUGGUACUUGUAACGAGGUAUUGUUAGCUUUAGUAUGCUAAUGCUAAUUUUGGACCUGUUGUUCGCCCUUUGUGAAUUAUUUUGUUGUCUGAUUGUACAAUAGAUUCCUUUUCACUGUAAGUUCGUACUAUAAAGUUGUAAUCAAAAUUAUGGCCUGGCAAAGUCUUACUACAUAAAAAUAAAUGGUACUUACUUACUUAUAGUUUUGACUGUUUCACAGUUUCCAAUAAUUAUGCAACUGAACAAUAAACAAAAUUGCGCUUAGCUUAACAGCCUCUUUACAAAUACCUUUAUGUACCUUUUAAAAGUAUGAAGUGAUGUUUCUACAAUUAUAAUAUUAUGUGAUUUGAUUACUUAAAAUAUUCACUUAAUAUAAUUUUCAAGAACUAAGUAUUUAGUUAACAUUUUAUUGAUUUAUAUUUUUUCAUAAUUUACAUCGUGAAGAGACCCACAUUUCCGAGAAUUGCGUUUCGGAGGUAUGUAACCUAACCUGUAUCGGGCUGGACUUCACUUCUCAGGUUGAAAGAUCGGACGCCUAUCGCUUGUGUACAAAAACCGGACCUGUCAAAUCUUCAGGUUAGGUAAGAACCCUGUAAAAAACCUUUUCAUGUCUUAACAAAGAUGUAUUUACGCACUAAAUAAAUAUGAAACACCAAUUUAAAUAAUGUAAUAAUUAAUUAGGAUUAUAUCAAUAUGUAUUUAAAUAGGCAAACAUGAGAAUAUCAUAAAAUAUUUUAACACCUAAAUAAACUUUGACAACCCGAAUUUUGAAAUAUUUUUAAUUCACUUUAAAGAUUGUUGUAUUUAAUAAUUUUCUUGUCAAUUUUAAAAUAGGAAUUGUUUUUAUUUUCUACAGCGAAUAAACGACUUUAUGCUUUGUGGACUCAAACAUUUUCCCCUUAACUCGACCCUGCAAAAACAAUGUUUAGAAUAUUUUAUGAAAUAUCUGUCUUAUUUUACGAAUUUUCUGGUCAUAAUUAAAUAAGUAUGUUUUGUUGUUAAGUCUUCCAUUUGAGAAAUGAUGCUUGUUUUAACUGUGGAUAUUUAUUUCUAUUAGGUUAUCAAGGCAGUUUGAUUAGCAUUCUAACCUCAUAAUAGCAUUGAAGAACUUUCCAGACUACGUUCCUCAAAAACAAUACAGAUGGCGCUGUACAGAUUUGCCUUCGUUUAACCUUCUAAUUUCAUGGAUCUACUUCCGUCCCUGUUCUGU